CCACCGAACACAAUACUUUCUCGUCUAUCUGAGGUUUAGGGAUAAUCCUUCGGAUCGAAUUACGGGGCCUGGCGUUGUCGUCUCAUUGCAAUAUUCCUACUUCUUUCAUUGCAAUAUUCCAGGUGGUAGCUCUGCGGGUUUUCGAUCUACAGGAAUGGAAAGAAAAGCAGUAGAUCAGACUAGUGGUGGAACAGAGGAGGAGGCAGCUGUAGUCGUCCAGCAGCAGCCGUUGUUGGCUGGGGAGAGAACGCAGAUCAUGAAAGUGAUGGUGGCGGUGGACGAAAGCGAGGGGAGCUUCUAUGCGCUCAAGUGGACCCUUAACCAUUUCUUCCACCAGCUCCCAGCUGCAGGUGCAGUACCGCCCGAGGAACCCGGCCGGGAGUCCAGCAUGAUAACUAUCGUACACGUUCAGGAGCCCUUUCAACCCUUCAUUUAUCCUGCUGGACCAGCUGUCUAUGCAACACCCAUGGUGGUUGAGUCCGUGAAGAGAGCCCAAGAAAAAAAUGCUGCUUCAGUUCUCAGUCGUGCUUUGCUAAUGUGCAAGGAUUACAAGAUCAAGGCAGAAACUUUGAUUCUUGAGGGAGAUCCGAAGGACAGGAUUUGUGAAGCUGCAGAGGAACUGCAUGUUGAUCUUGUGGUUGUCGGUAGCCGCGGCCUUGGCAAGAUAAAGAGGGCUUUCCUGGGAAGUGUUAGCGAUUAUUGUGCGCAUCAUGUGCGCUGUCCGGUUCUCAUUGUGAAGCCUCCAAGGGACCAGGAGGUCCAUAAGAAGUAGAUUUAGCUUUCGGUCCUAUAAUCAGUAAUCGCUCAGCCAAAAGAGUUGCAGCCGCGAUAAUUGUAAUACUACUCCUCAGUCUAUCGAUCAGGUUGAUAGACUGAGGAGUAUUAAGUGAUCUCUUUCCCUUUCCUUUGGCAAGCCUACAACAGUUUUUCUCUUUGCAAUGUCGGUCAUCUCGUCUGACUGAUGCUCACAGUUGGAAUUCUCCGAGUUUUAUCUUAUGAGAGCAUUUGGCAUUGAUUUUGUUAUUC